AUGCUAGUGGAGAUACUUGAUGGAAUAGACGGAUGUCUUAUAUACAUAAAAAGCGCAGAGUACUCCCCAGAAAAUGCAGCAAUACAAAACAUACUCAAGAACCCGCAUAAAAUAUACAAAGAGAAUGAGUACACAAUAAUUCGAGCAAAUAAGAUCUUUGAAACACCAGAGACAAGCUCUCUGGAAAUGCAGCUGAACAGUGAAUUGGAAGAGAAUAUGGUGCGUCUGCUGAAGACAGUAGUAUGCCCGUGCAGGUGCACAGCUGUUGAGAAUGAAAGUGUUUUGAGGCUUCCUGCAGACGGGUGGGAAGAGUUGAUUGAUAUGUGGUCCUGCCACUGUAGAGAGUUUGCACACCUAGCAGAGCAAGACAUAAAGCCAAAAAAGAAUGGUGUUCUAUAUUCUACACUAUAUCUAGUUAUAGAGAAUGAAAGAGUGCCAAAGUGCAUACGCAGUAGCAUGGAGUGUGACAAGAAGGAUGACCAGCAGAUGUAUACAAAAGUAUUCUACAACCAAAUUACAACAGGCAUGCCAGAUGAAUACUUUCUGUUCUACUAUCUAUAUGAUGCCCUGCAGACAAGACAGGAGAUAGAAGUAGUAGGGGAGCACGGAACAUACAAUAUUAGACUUCUUGACAUAACGUAUAUAUAUCAUGGUGAAACAACUGACUCACCAGUUUUCAAUCUCUCACUAAAAUUAGCAUAUAAGGAGGUGCCGAGUGACAAAAACCAGCAAGCAGGCUUGCCCUACAUAAACAAAUACUACACAGAGACUUUGAUUAGCUUAUUGCAUAAGAAUAGAAUUAGCAUAGAAAUGAACAAAAGAACUGUUUCAUUUAUCUCCAAGAUACUGUAG